GCGGAGGCGGGACUUCCGGCGCUGAGGUGUUUUCUUUCCGGUUGUCGGGGCCUGCGGUUCUUCCCUACUGGGCCUUGUGCCCCCCCCAACCCGCGCGGCCCCCCGCCGCCGGGCUCGCCGCCACCAUGAAGAAAUUCUUCCAGGAGAUCAAGGCUGACAUCAAGUUCAAGAGCGCGGGGCCCGGUCAGAAACUCACAGACUCUUCAGGGGAGAGGGCCCCCAAGGAAAAGGUGCGCCCAUCAGCUCCCCAGCAGCCCCGACAGGGACCCACUGAUGAAGCACAGAUGGCCGCUGCUGCUGCCCUGGCCCGACUGGAGCAGAAGCAGCCCAGGGCCCGAGGCCCCACGUCGCAGGACUCCAUCCGGAACCAGGUGAGGAAAGAACUUCAGGCCGAGGUGACCGGCAGUGGCAGCCAGGAGGCCCCAGGGACCAAUACGGGAGCCGAACCCAUAGAGGAAGGUUCCACCCAGCUGCCGGUGUCCGGAGUGUACUUCACCUGCCCGCUCACGGGGGCCACCCUGCGGAAGGACCAGCGGGAUGCACACAUCCGGGAGGCCAUUCUGUCGCACUUCGCCACCGACCCCGUGGCCGCCUCCAUCAUGAAGAUCCACACGUUCAACCGAGACAGGGACAAGGUGAAGCUGGGCGUGGACACCAUUGCCAAGUACCUGGACAACAUCCACCUGCACCCGGAGGAGGAGCGGUACCGGCGGAUCAAGCUGCAAAACAAGGUGUUCCAGGAGCGCAUCAGCUGCCUGGAAGGGACCCAAGAAUUCUUCGAGGCCGUUGGCUUCCAGAAGAUGCUGCUGCCCGUCCCGGAUCGGGAGGGCGUGGAGGAGGAGGCGGCGGAGUUCUACGUGCUGGGCGAGGCGGCGCGGGCGCAGCCGCAGGAGCUGGCGCGGCACCGGGAGCGGCUGCUGGCGGCAGAGCCCGUGCGGGCCCGGCUGGACCGGCAGCGCCGUGUCUUCCGGCCGUCGCCGCUGGCCUCGCAUUUCGAGCUGCCCGCGGACUUCUUCAGCCUCACGGCGGAGGAGCUGAGGCGCGAGCAGAGGCUGCGCGCCGACGCGGUGGAGCGGCUGAGCGUGCUGCGCACCAAGGCCAUGCGGGAGAAGGAGGAGCAGCGGGAGCUGCGCAAGUACACCUACACGCUGCUGCGGGUGCGCCUGCCCGACGGCUGCCUGCUGCAGGGGACCUUCUACGCCCGGGAGCGGCUGUCGGCGCUGUACGAGUUCGUGCGAGGGGCCCUGCAGAGCGACUGGCUGCCCUUCGAGCUGCUGGCCUCGGGGGGACAGAAGCUGGCCGAGGAUGAGACGGUGGCCUUGAACGAGUGCGGGCUGGUGCCCUCGGCCCUCCUGACCUUCUCGUGGGACGCGGCCGUGCUGGGAGACAUGAGGGCGGCGGGGGCCGAGCCCGACCCCUCCGUCCUGAAGGCGGAGCUCCUAGACUCCAUCGAGCAGCUCUCCUGAAAUAAAGGCGGCCUUGGCUUUCCCUGGCUCUGUCUUCUGGUCUCCUGUGCCUGUCCCAAGCUGUGGGGCAGGGUCGCUGCUGACCCACUGAGGCUGUAGAUCCAGGCUCACCCGGAGACCCAGACCCUUGGGGUGCCACGGGGAGGCACUGUGCCCAUGACCUGGGGCCCAGGGUCACACAGGUGGGCAGAGCCACUUGGGCACAGGCACCACGAGCUGUGCGUCAGGUGGCCAGGGCAGACUGGAGCUGGGGACACCGAAGGGAGGUGCUGGCCUGACAGCACGGGCCUCUGAUUGCUGACUUAAGGACCUCAAUAAACAGAUUUGGAUGUGGA